AUGUGUUCUCACCUGGACCACGGUUGUGCCCGGUUGUGCGCUGUAACUUCCUGGGUACGCUGCCCUGGCUGUGGCGUCUGUGCCCCCCACCCCGCGCCAGGCUCCCUGCAGAAGGCCGUGCCCACUGUGCUCCUACCAGCAGUAAUUCGGAAUAAGAAGGCAGAGAUCGACAUCCUGGCUGCGGAGUAUAUCUCCACGGUGAAGACGCUUUCUCCAGACCAGCGUGUGGAGCACCUGCAGAAGAUCCAGAGCGCCUACAGCAAGUGUAAGGAGUACAGUGAUGAUAAGGUGCAGCUGGCCAUGCAGACCUAUGAGAUGGUGGAUAAACACAUUCGAAGGCUCGAUGCAGACCUGGCACGCUUCGAAGCAGACCUGAAGGACAAGAUGGAGGGCAGUGACUUUGAAAGCUCCGGAGGACGAGGGUUAAAAAAAGGUCGAGGUCAGAAAGAAAAAAGAGGCUCCCGAGGUCGUGGCAGGAGGACCUCAGAAGAAGACACUCCAAAGAAAAAGAAGCAUAAAGGAGGGUCUGAGUUCACCGACACCAUCUUGUCCGUGCACCCCUCUGACGUGCUGGACAUGCCCGUGGACCCAAAUGAGCCCACCUACUGCCUGUGCCACCAGGUGUCCUACGGGGAGAUGAUAGGCUGUGACAACCCGGACUGUCCUAUCGAGUGGUUUCACUUCGCCUGCGUGGAUCUGACCACGAAACCCAAAGGAAAAUGGUUCUGUCCGCGGUGUGUUCAGGAGAGGAGGAGGAGGAAGUGA